AUUUAUUACAUUUAAAUAGGAUAGACCUGAUUUUGAUUUGUUGGAAGAGAAAAAAAAUGGCGACCUCCUUAACUUUAAGGUCCUUGGGCAUAACAAUCUUCAGAUCAAAAGUAUUACAUUCGCACACUCAUUUGCAAUAUGCUCACAGAUUUCUGUUUUUAACAGGUAGUUUAAAAAAACACGAACAAGAUCCUAAUGACCCAAAAUAUGCUGCUUGGAAACAAAAGCCUCAUCCUGAGACACCAACAAAAUAUCACCCUGAUAUGCUGUCACCAGAGCCAGUCAAGGGAAAAGUUUUUGAAAGGAUGCCUUUGAGAGUAGAUCUUGAGGCUGGGAAAAAAUACAUGUUUUGCACAUGUGGAUACAGUAAAACUCAGCCAUUUUGUGAUUCCUCACAUAAAGCACCUAAUUUUAUGUCAACAAGGCCUCAUCAUAUCAGAUAUAGACCAAUGCCUUUUCAAGUGGAAGAAACUAAGGAGUAUUGGCUUUGUAUGUGUAAACAGUCCAAUAAACGCCCUUUUUGUGAUGGCUCUCAUAAGCGUUUAGCUGCUAAAUCCUAAAGCCUUUUAAAAUUUACUAUAAUAUUCCUUUAAAAAGAUUUAAAGCAAAAAAAAAAAAAGUAAUGAGUAUUUAUGAUCAAGUGCAAACUUAAUCCCUAUUGGUUCAUCAAUGUAAAUAUGGUUUUUAAUUUACUUUCUUACUCAUAGAUUAUUAGGCUACCCUAUGUUUAGUUAAAUACAAUAAGGAGGGUUAUAAGCAUUAAAAAAUCCCUCCCUUUUGUUCUUUGUUCAAAAACAUUUGUUGUAAUAUUUCAAUUACAGAGCUUGGAAAAGUACCAUACUGAAUGUAUGUUUGCUGUUAUGUUAUUGUCGUCAUUUAACUGUUAAUUCAUUUUUUGAAAACUAUUGUUCCAAUAAAAAUGAGCAUCCACUAAAUCUAUCAAAUCAUGCACCAAAUAAUUGUGUUGAUGUUCUGUUGUGCCAUGACUUUCCUAGACUCGUACAUAAUUGAAAAAACAGUAUUCAAACUGUGAAUAAUGUCUUUCAUUACCGCAAAAAGAAUAAAAAAUGCAUUUUUUUUAGUAAUUAGUAAGUGUUGUUUUAGUUUUAUUACAGGGUAUGCUCCAUACUUUUUAACUUAUAUUUUUAGAAAUUAUGCUUAUCUGAUUAAGGUGAAUUGUUAUUGUUGCAUUUAUUAACCAGUUGUUUUUUUUAGUGCCUGGUAUUAAAUUUGUUCUAUAAAUGUAUACCAUGUAAAAAUUGUAUAUUAUUAAACUUGACAGAUAUGA